AUGUCAAUCUUCUUACAUCCAGGUAGUGGCAAGACUUAUAAAAAUUUCAAAGACAAUGAUUAUCCUAAUCUUCUCCACUGUCCAUUUCCGGAUGAAAGUUACAACCUUCUCAGACACUAUUUUAUAAAAAAUAAGAAAGAGUUUAUUAUGAUUAAAGAAAAGCAUGGCGGCGAAAUGCUCAACCAUUUUAGACAUCAACACCCACUCAUUCUUUUAGACACACAACAAGCAUCACUCGGUAACAAAUCAAUUGUUCUUCACAACCCCAUGAAGAAAAUUCAAGUAUUAUGUGAUGGAUGUUUGAAACCAAUUAUGGAAAUGCCAUUUUAUAAGUGUUCUCAAAUAAGUUGUGGUUUUUUUCUUCAUGAGUGUUGUGCCAGGCUACCUUCCAAGAUACAUGACCACCCGGGCCAUCCAGAUCAUGCACUUGUUCUCAUCUCAAACAACCCUCGUAUGUUCAUGGGUUUAUUUUCUUGUUCUAUUUGUAGGUUAUAUUGUAAUGGUUUCGCAUAUGGAUGUGUUGCAUGUGGCUAUUAUAUGGAUAUCAAUUGUGCAUUCCUACCUAAAGAAAUCACACAUGAAGCUCACCCAGGCCAUCUCCUCUCAAGAAUCAAUGCUUCUUCAGCUGAUGUAUCAGAAAAAAUAUGCAAUCCAUGUAAUUGUUUCCUGGAAGAUGGCAACAUCGCUUUCCAUUGCCCCUCCUGUGAUUUCUACUUGGAUACGGAGUGUGCUUUCUUGUUGCCUGGAAUGAUGAGGCACAAGUUCGAUAAGCAUCCAUUGAGCCUAAGAUACAAUCCAGUUGAGAACCACCCUGGCAACUACUUCUGUGAAAUUUGUGAAGACAAAAUUUGA